UACUGUGGACAACAAAAUGCAGCCCUGCAGUUCUGAAAGUUCUUGGAAUAAACAAGUGUUUACUAUAAGUAACCUACAAAUAAAAUGUAUGGACAUGAAUAAUUGUAAUACAUAGUUCAGUCAUGAAACUCUAGAUGGCACAGGCUGAUGGGUCCUUAAUGCAAGCUGAUGAUAAUUACAGCAUUACUUGGUACAAGCUGAUUGGUCCAUGUUACUUCUGCAGCUAUUGAAAUUGCUCACACAUUAUUACAUUACUAUAGUAGUUUGCAGCGCGUUUCAGAGUUCCUCUAAAACCCUUCCCCAGCUCCACCUGAUCUGCUAUGGGUUAUUGAAAUAUAUAUUUGUGCAGCAGCACUAUGUUUUACAGCAGCGUAUCGGCGUAUGUUUUGGCAGUGGCAAGUUCCUGUACUUGUUUUACAGCAGCAGCAGCAGCAGAUCUAUUCCACCAAGACCAAAUACAUUAACAUUGUCAUAUCCAAUACCAUGCUAAAAAUCUUCCAAGAGUUGUCAUGAUUGAAAUGCAAUGUAUGCUACAGCUAUUUCAAGUUUUGUGAAGCAAUAUAGUAGGUUUUUGUGAGAAACAGAAUAGAAUUUAAUUACUGAUAAUUUUGCACUUUUACAACAUGCAAUUUUUGUCUGUUCUGCCAAGAGGAUAAUACAUAAACACCACAAUGUACAAUUAAUAAUUUUAUGCACAUUUAAAUGUUAUCCAUUUCCAUAUGUACAAAAAGCCCAAAAAGAUGCGUCCAUCCAUCAUAAAAAUAAUCCAUUCGCCUCCAGGGGGUUAAUAAAGGCCUUCUGAAGCAAAGCAAUGAGUUUUUGUAAGAAAAAUUUCCAUAUUUAAAACUUUAUAAACUAAAAUAAUUCAUUUCCAACAGUCACGAGUCCACUCAAUUCUCUUGUCCCCUAUAAUAUGCUACUCUUAGAAUCCUGUUUAAUAAUAAAACUAGUAGAUAGAAGUUAAAAAAAAUAAUAAUAAUAAAUUAAAAAAAAAAAAAGAUCAUUGUCAUUAGGCCACAUAUGUCUGCAAAGACUACUCGAUGAGUAGAAAAUCCACCGCCAAAUGCCCUCCGGAAAUCCAGUAGCUGUGAAUCUGGGUUCAGCUUUUCUAGUCCGACAACUUCUCUCUAAUUCAAACUCUCUGGAAACAGCCACAAACGGCCCGUAAAGUGUACCCACUAAGCCUAAAACCCACAAAAAAAUAAAACAAACAGGGGGGUUUACUUCCGUUGAUUCAUUGCCAUUCUAUUCCUGUAAAUAGACACAUAUUUUAUAAAGAAAAAAAGAUUUUUAUAGAAGUAUGUUUUCUUGUUUGUUUAUUUGUUGACCAAAACUGUAUUUUGUUUAGUAAAUGUUUGCAGAUAAAAUCAUUUAAGUAACAUACAUUUGAUUAAAUUGUAGUUACUCAGGAAAAAUGCAAUGCAUUUUUAACCUGCUAACACUGGCUGACAGGGGUGGGGUGGGUUGUAACACAUCUUUAAAGGAGACCUAUUAUGCAAAAUUCACUUUUAUAAGGUGUUUGAACACAGAUGUGUGUUCACAGUGUGUAAACAACCAACCUAUAAUGGUAAAAAUCCACCAAAUACUUUUUUAUAGUCCCAAUAAAUCAUUAUCAAUCUCUCCGAACAGGCUUUUUCAUAUUUCCCCCUAUAAACCCCGCCCAUGACUGGUGACCGAUCUGCCUUGUUAGCAUACCGCCCUGAGUGAGAAGCACAGAGACCGCCAUUUCUGUUUUUUUUAAAUUGUUCUGUCACAGGAGCACGGAGCUCCGCCCUCUUAGGCUGGGAGAAGCAGCUCAUUUGCAUUUAAAGGGACACACACACAAACAGUGCGCUUUUGCUCAACCCCAAAAAGUGGCAAUUUUAACAUGUUAUAAAAAAUGAUCUGUGGGGUAUUGUGAGCUAAAAUUUCACAUACAGACUCUGGGGACAUCAGAGAUUUAUUUUACAUCUCUUAAAAAGUGUUACAACGAUCCCCUUACAACUAAGAACAGUUUCUUUUUAAUAACUUUACUGAAUUCCUAGACAGUGGAAAAUAAAUACAGAUAAAUAUUGUCCUGGCCAGUGUUUUAAUGAGACCUCAGACAGCGAAAACUGAGUGCAGCUAAAGUCAAUGUGUUUUUCUUUUAGCAAAUCUGAGGGCAUAACAAAAUAAAAAUAUCCUGCUGUCUUGGCCUAUGUUUGACAUGGAGGAGGCAAGUUUAUUAACCAUUUUAGAAGAGACAAUCUAAUACAAGAAAUACAAGAGGCAGACAGAACUCAAGAUCCAAGUGUGCUGUUUCGAGUCAGGAAAAUAUUAAUGAAAUGAAAAAAAAAACAGCAGUCAAACAGGGUCAAACAGAGCACUGAAGAUUAUCCCAAAUUGUAUAGUAAGAAAAACACAAAAUACAGAUAAGGAAAAUGCACAUAAUAAACAAGAGAGUGUUUUAAGGCAUCAAUGUCAUUGGAUUUCAGCCAUUCUGGAUUUUGCUUUUUUGAUAAUGUUAUUAGCCUUUUGAUUUAACCCUCUACUGCACACAUGUUGAUGGCACAUGAAAAUAUAUAAUAUAUAUAUAUUCCACAUCAUUUUUUGGUUUAUUUGGGAACAUUUUAUUGAUAAAACAUUUUUUGACCCCCCCCCAUUUCAUUGCCUCAAUGGUACAGAAUCAGAGAAAAAAUUAUAAGACAAUGCUGAGAGAGCAAUGCAAAAUCACUUAAAAAAAAAAAAAAAAAUGUCAAGAAAUCAUUAAGUAAAAAGGGGAAAACGCUUUAAAGACAUUGAUAUAUUGAAUUUGAUACAUGCAUAAGUUUGUAUCAUGUAUGUAAUGUACUUCAUGUAAUAAGAUUUCACUGCAUACAAAACUUCAAAAAGCAGUUCUUCUCUGCUGUGAAAUAGAGGUGUAUGUUACAAUUUUUGCACAUCACUUUGGGUGUUCCUGUUCAACCCUGCAUCUUCCCUUCUUAUAACACAUUAUUGCCAAUGUGAGGUAUUGUCCAAAACAUCCUCGAAAAGUACACCCUAUCGCACAACGUUGCCCUGAGGCAACGAAAAGAAAACUGAAUUUCUGAACAUGCAAAAUAAAAAAAUAAAAAAACUUCAUAAAACUUGACAAAAGGCUUCUCUACACCUUCAUACACACAUAUUUUUUAUGUGCAGUUCAUGUCAUUUUAAAUAAGAUUACUAAAGCAAAAAUUCUUGCCUUCUUCUCACACCAUGUGCUCCUGUGACCAUGUGUCAGAACAGGACGUCAACACCUUUAAAUGGUGCUUGAUAGUGACUCCCACACCUUACUGGACUGUUCUUUGGUACUUUCACGACCUUUCUAAUUGUUUGUAAUCAUUUAAAGAAAAAUUUAUUAAACAUAGGGCCUAAGAAAACUUUCCGUUGUUGUUCUGUAGAGGGUUAAUUUGCAGCUCUAUUGCCCGUGACUUCCUUACUUCCUGUUCUAUUUUCUGAAGUGAGACAGAUACGUUUUUGUGACUUCCUUGAACUCAGUCACUCAGAGGCAAGACAUCGGUCACAUUAAUGAAAUGGAUGUAGUCUAUGGAAAUUCAGAUUACAUACGUUCAGCAACUUCAUCCAGUGACAAAUGCUCCCGAUACAAAGGUAACUCCACAGAAGAGCAAGAAAGAGAAGUAAUUUCUCCUAAGUGGACUAAAGUUCUUCUGAUUCUUCUGGGUUUCUCCCUUGUUUUUGCUCUCGGAGGUCUCUGCGCUCUCUGGGCACUUUAUAAUCAUAAACUUGCUGAUUUCGAAUCACUGAAUGAGCAGCACAUCAUGGUUUCAAAGCAACUGGCAGCUCAAGAGAUCGACAGCACAGCCCUGAAGAAACAGUUUAAUGAUCUUACAACCAGAUACAAAACACUCAGAGAAUGGCUGUCCUUUAAUGAUGCUCAGUCUUGUAAUCUGUCUGUGGGUGGCUGGAUAGCUUGUCGUGGAAAGCUGUAUUUAUUCAGCUCUGAUAAACUGAACUGGUCGAGCAGUCGAGAUGUCUGUCUUUCUAAAGGAGCCGAUCUGGUCACCAUAACCAGCAAAACAGAACAGGAUUUUCUGGUCUCUAAAGUUAAUGAGACGCACUGGAUUGGUCUCAAUGAUCUGGUCACUGAAGGACACUGGGUUUGGGUGAAUAACCAAACUCUCAAUGAAACUGGAGUACAGUUCUGGUUCAAUGGGGGGCCGAGUGAACCUGAUAACUGGAGAGUACAGGAUCCGUCUGGAGAGAACUGUGCUAGUCUGGGAGAUGGGAAUGGCAACUUUCAAUCUUGGUUUGAUGCUUCUUGUAAAAAAAAGAAGUUGUUUAUCUGUGAAAAGACAUAUUAAUUUAUCUCUAUCAGUUAUAUAUACACAGAACAAAAUCUAAUGUCAGCAUAUUUUGCCAGAUUUUUGUCUAUAUUUUGGAGGUAAACUCUUUUGGAUUUGCUUACUGUGGACAACAAAAUGCAGCCCUGCAGUUCUGAAAGUUCUUGGAAUAAACAAGCGUUUACUAUAAGUAACCUACAAAUAAAAUGUAUGGACAUGAAUAAUUGUAAUACAUAGUUCAGUCAUGAAACUCUAGAUGGCACAGGCUGAUGGGUCCUUAAUGCAAGCUGAUGAUAAUUACAGCAUUACUUGGUACAAGCUGAUUGGUCCAUGUUACUUCUGCAGCUAUUGAAAUUGCUCACACAUUAUUACAUUACUAUAGUAGUUUGCAGCGCGUUUCAGAGUUCCUCUAAAACCCUUCCCCAGCUCCACCUGAUCUGCUAUGGGUUAUUGAAAUAUAUAUUUGUGCAGCAGCACUAUGUUUUACAGCAGCGUAUCGGCGUAUGUUUUGGCAGUGGCAAGUUCCUGUACUUGUUUUACAGCAGCAGCAGCAGCAGAUCUAUUCCACCAAGACCAAAUACAUUAACAUUGUCAUAUCCAAUACCAUGCUAAAAAUCUUCCAAGAGUUGUCAUGAUUGAAAUGCAAUGUAUGCUACAGCUAUUUCAAGUUUUGUGAAGCAAUAUAGUAGGUUUUUGUGAGAAACAGAAUAGAAUUUAAUUACUGAUAAUUUUGCACUUUUACAACAUGCAAUUUUUGUCUGUUCUGCCAAGAGGAUAAUACAUAAACACCACAAUGUACAAUUAAUAAUUUUAUGCACAUUUAAAUGUUAUCCAUUUCCAUAUGUAUAAAAAGCCCAAAAAGAUGCGUCCAUCCAUCAUAAAAAUAAUCCAUUCGCCUCCAGGGGGUUAAUAAAGGCCUUCUGAAGCAAAGCAAUGGGUUUUUGUAAGAAAAAUUUCCAUAUUUAAAACUUUAUAAACUAAAAUAAUUCAUUUCCAACAGUCACGAGUCCACUCAAUUCUCUUGUCCCCUAUAAUAUGCUCCUCUUAGAAUCCUGUUUAAUAAUAAAACUAGUAGUUAGAAGUUAAAAAAAUAAUAAUAAUAAAUUAAAAAAAAAAAAAAAAUCAAAAGAUCAUUGUCAUUAGGCCACAUAUGUCUACAAAGACUACUCGAUGAGUAGAAAAUCCACCGCUAAAUGCCCUCUGGAAAUCCAGUAGCUGUGAAUCUGGGUUCAGCUUUUCUAGUCCGACAACUUCUCUCUAAUACAAACUCUCUGAAAACAGCCAAAACGGCCCGUAAAGCGUACCCAUUUCUGUUUUUUAAAAUUGUUCUGUCACAGGAGCACGGAGCUCCGCCCUCUUAGGCUGGGAGAAGCAGCUCAUUUGCAUUUAAAGGGACACACACACAAACAGUGCGCUUUUGCUCAACCCCAAAAAGUGGCAAUUUUAACAUGUUAUAAAAAAUGAUCUGUGGGGUAUUGUGAGCUAAAAUUUCACAUACAGACUCUGGGGACAUCAGAGAUUUAUUUUACAUCUCUUAAAAAGUGUUACAACGAUCCCCUUACAACUAAGAACAGUUUCUUUUUAAUAACUUUACUGAAUUCCUAGACAGUGGAAAAUAAAUACAGAUAAAUAUUGUCCUGGCCAGUGUUUUAAUGAGACCUCAGACAGCGAAAACUGAGUGCAGCUAAAGUCAAUGUGUUUUUCUUUUAGCAAAUCUGAGGGCAUAACAAAAUAAAAAUAUCCUGCUGUCUUGGCCUAUGUUUGACAUGGAGGAGGCAAGUUUAUUAACCAUUUUAGAAGAGACAAUCUAAUACAAGAAAUACAAGAGGCAGACAGAACUCAAGAUCCAAGUGUGCUGUUUCGAGUCAGGAAAAUAUUAAUGAAAUGAAAAAAAAACAGCAGUCAAACAGGGUCAAACAGAGCACUGAAGAUUAUCCCAAAUUGUAUAGUGAGAAAAACACAAAAUACAGAUAAGGAAAAUGCACAUAAUAAACAAGAAAGUGUUUUAAGGCAUCAUUGUCAUUGGAUUUCAGCCAUUCUGGAUUUUGCUUUUUUGAUAAUGUUAUUAGCCUUUUGAUUUAACCCUCUACUGCACACCUGUUGAUGGCACAUGAAAAUAUAUAAUAUAUAUAUUCCACAUCAUUUUUUGGUUUAUUUGGGAACAUUUUAUUGAUAAAACAUUUUUUUGACCCCCCCACCCCAAAAUAUUUUUUCAUUGCCUCAAUGGUACAGAAUCAGAGAAAAAAUUAUAAGACAAUGGUGAGAGAGCAAUGCAAAAUCACUUAAUGAUUUCUUGACAUUUUUUUUUUUUUUUUAAAGUAAAAAGGGGAAAACACUUUAAAGACAUUGAUAUAUUGAAUUUGAUACAUGCAUAAGUUUGUAUCAUGUAUGUAAUGUACUUCAUGUAAUAAGAUUUCACUGCAUACAAAACUUCAAAAAGCAGUUCUUCUCUGCUGUGAAAUAGAGGUGUAUGUUACAAUUUUUGCACAUCACUUUGGGUGUUCCUGUUCAACCCUGCAUCUUCCCUUCUUAUAACACAUUAUUGCCAAUGUGAGGUAUUGUCCAAAACAUCCUCGAAAAGUACACCCUAUCGCACAACGUUGCCCUGAGGCAACGAAAAGAAAACUGAAUUUCUGAACAUGCAAAAUAAAAAAAUAAAAAAAACUUCAUAAAACUUGACAAAAGGCUUCUCUACACCUUCAUACACACAUAUUUUUUAUGUGCAGUUCAUGUCAUUUUAAAUAAGAUUACUAAAGCAAAAAUUCUUGCCUUCUUCUCACACCAUGUGCUCUUGUGACCAUGUGUCAGAACAGGACGUCAACAC